ACGGACACGAAAUCCUCAAACCCCCCAAAACCUCUCUCGAAAGUUCCAUCUCGCGUCGCCGGUUUCCUCUCAAUCUCCGUGGUAGUUGUGCGUGCGCGAGCGGGAGCGGGCGGCUAGGGUUUGAACUCGACGAUGGCCACUUCCGGCGAACAAUCGGCUGGCGGAGGGUCUGCGGCGAGGGCGUCGAAGCUGCGGUACCCGCUGCGGUCGGCGAGCAAGGGGAAGGCGGCGGAUGCGCCUCCCACCAUCUCUGCUCCGCGUCGGGCAAAGCCAUCUUCAGAUGUCAGCAAGAGCAUGUGUUUAGACCUUUCUGUGAAGGAGAAAUCUGCCAAACCUCCACGGAGGCACUCAAUACAAACCAAGCCAGGAGCUAGCCCAAGGCCAACACCUUCUGGAACUGUCACCACUCCAGUGUCUAGGAGAUCGGACAGCCAGUGGAGGUUUGAUACUCCGACAUCAGAAGCAUCCAUGUCCAUGAGAAGGCGCAAGUUCAGCACACUUUCUUCAAUCUCGUACUGGAUGACACAGAUCAGGCUGGCUGAGGCUGCUUCUAAGCACUCAGUUUCUCUGGGCUUCUUUAAGCUUGCUCUUGAAUCAGAAUGUGAGCCUUUGGACCGGAUGAGGGAAGAACUCAAGUCCUAUGUAGCCCGGCAUGGCCUAGCGACAGAGUUGGAGGACCCAGUUAAGGACAUUCUUCAGGUUUAUGAUAUUGCUGAGGAUUUUGAGAAGCUGAAGAUCUCUCCAGAGCCCUCACAGGAACCAAAGAAGUCUGACAAGGCUGCUCGUACUGCCACCAAUGUGUCACCCAAUGGUAACCUGAAGCCAAGAUCACUAAACUCUGAUGCUACUGAAAGUAAGGAAGCUGGAAAGAAAGAGAGCAUUCAGAAAGUGAAGCCUGAUGCAAAGGUCAGAGGCUCCUAUAACAGGAAUCCAGUCAAAAACACCACUGCAAGCGCAAAGGAAGUAGUUGCCAAGAACACUGGUAAGAAAACCAAGAAAGAGGCCAAGGGUCAGCAGGAAGUUAGCAAUGGAGGAGAUAGUGAGGUUUCGUCAGCCCUCCCAGAUCAGGAAUCUGCUGAUGUUGUGAAGGAUAUCACCCAUGAAGACAAAGAGAACAUGGGCGAUAUUGGAAUGACGGUGGACGUUGCCAUAGCCCAAGAUAUCUAGAACAGCCGGACCAACUUCAGAUUCAAUAAUUUUUUUAUCGCUGAAGAUGAAGUAUUAGUGUGUGGUUGCUUAUUUUGGUUUGCAUUGUUAAUAUGUUAUUAGCAGAGCUUGUCUGUGUGAUUGCUGAACCUUAAACGGUCUUCAAGAGUGUGUCAUAAGUUGACGAUUGCUUGUAUUCCUUUGUUAAGUUUGCGGCUUUGCAUGUGCUAAUCGUGCAUCUGAAUAUAGUGGAAUUUAUCUGUUCUCGCGAUUCUUCCCAA